UCGAAACCUUGAGAGAUUGACCAAAAGUAAUUUCUGGUUUUUCCGUACAGUGUUUAGCUUUGCGGUACAUGAGUGAUAUUAACUGCAACGAUUAACUGCAAAAGCACCAAGAUAUAUAUAUGCACUUAGUGAUAACGAUUGUAGACCUUCGCUGAUUUCGCGUGGAUGUGCUGUUUAUCAAUCGAGAUAGUACUGGUUACUUGUCUCGACCUCCAGGAGUCCUCUAAUAGUUCUACCGGUUGUCGGCCAAUUGUUCAAUCGGUAUCCUUUUGAGCAGAAGCAUUCAACUCCUAAUUAAAUUAUUAUGCAUUCGACCCUUCAGCACCGUCUGCUUGCGACUUUAAAGAGAAACGCAUCUGCAAUAAUCGUCCAGCAGAGAUAUGCGUCGGAAGCCUCCUUCCAAGUUAAGCCAUUCAAGCUGCAUAAAAUUGAAGAUGAUGGGCCCGCAACGACUGUUACGGUAACGUCAGAGGACGCUGUUAAGUUUUAUCGUCAAAUGAUGACCAUUCGUCGAAUGGAAGCAGCUGCCAACUCGAUGUAUAAAAGCAAACUUAUUCGAGGUUUUUGCCAUCUCUACUCUGGCCAGGAAGCAUGUGCUGUCGGGAUGGAAGCUUCUCUCCGACGUGAUGACGGAGUAAUCACGGCGUAUCGUGCUCACGGGUGGGCAUUCGUGCGGGGCGUACCGCUUAAAGGAGUACUGGGAGAGUUGACUGGAAGAAACAUCGGGUGCGCUCGUGGUAAAGGCGGUAGCAUGCACAUGUAUUCGCCGAAUUUUUACGGAGGGAAUGGAAUUGUCGGUGCUCAGGUCCCACUGGGCGCUGGUGUGGCUUUAGCGUACAAAUAUCAGGGCAAAGAUAAUGUUUGCCUCGCUCUGUACGGUGAUGGAGCUGCGAAUCAAGGACAAGUAUUUGAGGCAUACAACAUGUCUAUGUUAUGGAAGCUACCAGUGAUCUUCGUCUGUGAGAACAAUGGUUACGGAAUGGGCACCUCUGCGGAUCGAGCGGCAGCUUCAACAGAUUACUAUACCCGAGGAGAUUACAUUCCGGGUAUUUGGGUGGACGGAAUGGAUGUGCUUGCCGUCAGGGAAGCGACGCGGUACGUGGUAACCGAAUGCCGUAAAGGUAAUGGUCCAUUUGUUAUGGAGGUCGCAACAUACCGUUAUCAUGGUCACUCAAUGUCUGAUCCAGGUACCAGUUAUCGAACCCGUGAAGAAAUCCAGGAGGUGCGCCAGAGCAGAGAUCCGAUCACUUCAUUCAAGGAUAGGAUUAUUUCCAGUGGAUUGGCCACGUCCGAACAGCUUAAGGAAAUUGAUCAUGAAAUUCGUAAAGAGAUUGAUGAAGCUGUCGAUUUAGCGAAAAGCUCUCCUGAAAUUGGCCUCGAGGAACUCUAUGCCGAUGUAUACGCAAGCCCUCAAGAAAAGACAAUUCGAGGUAUUACACCGUUUGAUUUCCACGAUCAUAAGGCAAUUACUAAGCCCAUCAAUAUCUAAAAACUAGCCAUAGAACAACAGGCUGGUCUACUCUGGAAUGAGCUAAUUCAGCGACUCUUGAAAUCUGAAAUGCAUCAGCAAUUUGAUUAUGGUAACCUGUAGAUGAUACUAGUAACUGUACAGUUACUAUAUGCGCUAAAUUUGUUUUUACGACCAAAUGUUAUAUAAAUACCAGGACGAGGACUACACGUCCCUCGAAGACCUAUAUUUGAUACGAUUUGCGUAAUUAAGUAAGAACGACCAAAAGAUACCCCUUACAUCCUUCAUUGUUAUUAACAGCCGUUCAUAUUAAUAAUAAAUUAUCCUUAAGGUGCUCAAUAUAUACUGAUGUUUUGAAGUCCAUAGUGUCUCCGAAACGACUAGUGUAGUAACAAGACAUUCUAUUCAAGCUUCUCAUUUAAUUUCAGCUCUAAUUCCAAGUUUUUGUUUAUUAAAAUUCUUAGUUACUGAAAUUCUGAAUGAAAGUGAAGUAUAUUUAAAAAUAAAUCAUCAGCCAGCGGAAGUGUAUCCUGGCGCAUAAGGC